CAGAGGGGCUUGGAAUGUUGGGGGAAAGCGGUAUCACUAGUCGGGUGGACUAAGCGUUGUCGGGAUGGUGGAUAGAUUUGAUUAAACUUAGUGCCUUCGCAAUAAUCCAAGAAUAACAAUUUUUACGUCAUUAAAGUACUUGAAUUUCAUCUCCUCAUAUUAAAGAUUCAACUCCACCAGGCUAUGCACUAUAUUAGCUCAUCUUUCUGCAAAGAGCUCUGCCUGUAUAAACCUCAUUGCCCAUCAGCCAUUCAUAUUGCCUGCAGUCUGUCAUUGACCUAGCCAAUAUGGACUUAAGCUGAGUAAAGGUUGGACUUUGCCACAUUGAAGCUUCUCAUUUGCCUUUUGCCAUCUUUGAACCUUAAGAAAGAAGUUCUCCUUACGACCUAUUACAAUGUAAUUAAUAGGGUUCUUGUGUUCCUGCUUUCCCCACUACCUGCAAACAGGGUUUUAUUCUAAGCAAAGAUCUGGCAUAGACAAGACAACUCUAUAGACUGCAGUGACUGGAGUCCUUCAGGUCACCUCUAAAGUUAUGCAGUCUUCAGAGGAUCUGUUGAACAGGAAACAGAAGUCCUUGAAUGCAAACAAAGAAACUCCAGCUACCAGCCUGCAGUGCAAACCUAAUGGGGUAGGAAAAGUCAAUAGCACAUUUGCUAUGCCUAAAAUGGGGGUGCGUGCCAGAAUAUCAGACUGGCCACCCAAAAAAGGGUGGGAGAAUCUAUGUGGAUCAAACUAUGAGAAAGUUAUUAUGGCCUUUGAAAAUGAACAGUCAGACCAAAGCACAGAGAUCACUGAUGGGAAUGAAGCACACUUGGAACUUGUUCACCCUGGCACAAAAUAUUCACUGAGUGAACUUUUGAGUCAGUCCCCUUCAAAGUUACUUCAUCCAAUUCGACAGCGAAGCAACAGUGAUGUGACUAUCAGUGAUAUAGAUGCUGAGGACAUAAUGCAUCAGAAAGCUAUCAACCCAAACACUGGUGCCUCUUUGCAUCGGGAGUAUGGCAGCACUUCCUCUAUUGACCAACAAGGUCUAGGUGGGGAUGGAGUUCUUGCACGGUUGAAGGGUUGCAGAGUUGACAAAUUGGAUCAUCUGAAUACACACUCAACUUGUUUCCCAGAGCUGUGUUAUAAUAGUGCACUCUCACCUAGUUUGCAGACAGCAGCUCAGAUAGCACGUGGAGAGAUCAUCUGUAUCUCAGGCUACAACUAUGUAGGCAGUUCCCUUCUUUACAGUCAAGAAAGAGAGAAGUCCUUCGCGCAUCGGCUCAAGGCAGAGACAUCGGAGACAUCUUUCUUCCGGAAAUUGAGAACUAUUAAAAGUGAGCAUGAUGGUCUCCGGCUCUCAGUAGAGCAGGAAGACCGGCGGUCUCUUGGCAUCCCUAAAUGCUUUGCUCACUAUGAUGUGCAGAGUGCACUCUUUAAUGUUAGUGAUGCUGUGGCAAAUCAAGUCAACCUUGGUCAUAGGAAGAACACUACAACUGGUGCCUCGGCUGCUUCACAGUAUCAAGUCCCAUGCACUAGUGCAGUAUGUGGAAAUACUUGUGGAUCUGCACCAAUAUUUGAAUCUCCACUGGGGAGCCAUGAAGAGCUGAACCCUAAACAGAAUCUUGAGACAGAUGAGGGUGAUGGAAAGAGUAAUGAGCUAGUGCUAAGUUGCCCACAUUUCCGGAAUGAGAUUGGUGGUGAGGGUGAAAGGAAGAUUUCUCUGUCUAGGGCCAACAGUGCCAACAGUGCCAACUGCAGUGCAGGAGAAAGCUGCUCCUUUGAGUCUUCAUUAAGCUCACACUGCACUAAUGCUGGUGUUUCUGUGCUGGAGGUACCUCGGGAAAACCAACUAGUCCAUCGUGAAAAAGUGAAGCGAUACAUAAUUGAGCACAUUGACUUGGGGGCAUACUAUUACCAUAAAUAUUUCUAUGGAAGAGACCACCAGAACUACUUUGGCAUGGAUGAGAACCUGGGUCCUGUGGCUGUCAGUGUGCGACGAGAAAAGCUUGAAGACAAGAAGGAGAAAGAGGGGUCACUGUAUAAUUACCGUAUUAUCUUCAGGAAUAGUCAGCUGACUACUCUACGAGGAGCAAUUCUGGAAGAUGCAGUGCCGUCUACAGCAAGGCAUGGCACAGCCCGUGGGCUCCCCCUGAAGGAGGUGCUGGAGUAUGUAGUUCCUGAGCUCAACAUUCAUUGUCUCCGACUGGCUCUCAGUUCCCCCAAAGUCCCAGAGCAGCUUCUCAAGCUGGAUGAGCAGGGGCUAAGUUUCCAGCACAAGGUGGGUGUGUUGUACUGUAAGGCAGGUCAGAGCACAGAGGAAGAGAUGUACAAUAACGAGAGUGCUGGACCUGCACUGGAUGAAUUCCUGGACCUGCUCGGACAUAGAGUGCGACUAAAGGGCUUCAAUAAUUACAAGGCACAGCUAGAUAAUAAGACGGACUCUACGGGAACCCACUCACUCUACACUACCUACAAGGACCAUGAACUAAUGUUUCAUGUGUCCACUCUUCUACCCUACACACCCAAUAACAGACAACAGUUGCUCAGAAAGAGACACAUCGGAAAUGACAUCGUCACCAUUGUAUUUCAAGAACCAGGAGCCCUGCCCUUCACACCUAAAAACAUUCGAUCCCACUUCCAGCAUGUUUUUGUUAUUGUUAAAGUCCACAAUCCAUGCAAUGAAAAUGUCUGCUACAGUGUUGCUGUGUCAAGAUCAAAAGAUGUGCCUCUAUUUGGUCCUCCAAUUCCUAAAGGUGUGACCUUCCCAAAGUCAUCUGUAUUUAGGGACUUCCUGCUUGCCAAGGUAAUCAAUGGUGAGAAUGCAGCACACAAGUCAGAGAAGUUCUAUGCUAUGGCUACUAGAACCCGCCAAGAGUACCUUAAAGACCUAGCUGAGAAUUUUGUGAGCACGGCUACUGUGGACUCAGCUCUGAAGUUCAGCUUCAUCACACUGGGUGCCAAGAAAAAGGAGCGGGUCAUACCACGUAGGUAUGCCCACCUCCACAGCAUAGGAGCCAUCAUGUGGAGUGUAGUGGCAUGGGAUUUUUGCCAGUCUGUGGAUGUUCAUUGCCUGCUGGGCAUCUCCAAUGAGUUCAUUGUGCUGAUCAAGGAGGACUCAAAACACGUGAUCUUUAACUGCUCCUGUCGUGAUGUAAUAGGAUGGACAUCCACCAUCAUAAGCAUUAAGGUAUACUAUGAACGUGGCGAAUGUAUAAUGUUCUCAGCCCAGGAAGGGUUUGAAGAAGACAUCAGGCAAAUCAUCCAGCGGCUUGAGAUAACCACCCAUGGCUGUGAGACCACACAAAUGGUACUUCGCCGGAAUGGCUUGGGACAGCUGGGGUUUCAUGUCAACUUUGAAGGCAUUGUGGCUGAUGUUGAGGCAUUUGGAUUUGCAUGGAAAGCAGGCCUGCGCCAGGGUAGCCGCCUAGUGGAGAUUUGCAAGGUGGCUGUAGCCACACUUACUCAUGAGCAGAUGAUUGACUUGCUACGCACUUCCACCACAGUCAAGGUGGUGAUUAUUCAGCCUCAUGACGAUGGUACUCCCAGAAGAGGUUGUUCGGAGCUGUACCGCAUACCCAUGGUGGAAUACAAGCUGGAUAGUGAAGGCACACCCUGCGAGUAUAAGACCCCAUUCAAGAGGAACACCACCUGGCACCGGGUGCCCACUAAUCCAGGUUGCCAGCCCCUGCCUCUAGGCUCACCCACUCAGGGUCCUGAACAACUGCAAUGUCAACCCAUCUCUCAGCACAUUGAGAUAUCCAUUCCACGCAGCACAUCCUUCGACAGGAAACUGCCAAACAUUUCCAGGAUGAUACAUGAUCUGGAGAACCCACAGUUAUCCUGUAAUAAGGCACAGGCCAGCCAACAAUACCGUAGUUCUCCCAGUAACCAAUCCACAUCCAGUGACCCAGGGCCAAGUGGCAGCACAACUUGGAUUCAUCAACCAGGAUAUGAUGGGUGUCAUUCACCUAUAUUGCAUGAGCAGUCCUCUAAUCCUCCUGCCCAAGUCAUAGCAGGUGGUGGAAGUAUGAAAGAGAAACAACCAGAUAGGGCAUGCUCUGCAGAGGCCAAGUGGCACACUCAAUCUACAAAGAUCCUCAACUCUUUGAAUGAGAGAGGCCAGGACUCACCCAACAGACUGGCCAGGGUUGGAGAUAAGACCUCCAGCCACUCCAGCACACUGUCAAGUACUGCCUCUAGCAGCAAUAGUGAUGAGAAGCACUUUGGUUCAGGUGACCUGAUGGACCAAGAAUUGUUGGGCAUCACCUACAGCAAAGGAGCUUCUACAGACAGUGGAAUAGAUACAACACCUUGCUGUGCACCAGUUCCCGCGGGGAAUCCCCUUUCUGUUAUGGCACAUGUGGUGCUAGAAAACCAGGCAGCAGUGGACUGGAGCCACACUUGGACCCAGGAGCAUCCAGAGAACAGAGAUGAAAAACCUGUACAGCUGUACCUGCCUCAGAGUUAUAUCAUGACCAGACACACAGGCAUGGACAGAAGCAUGUUAGACCUGAAAGAUUUCUCAUCACACAAUAGACAGCUGUACCUGGUGGAGGCAGCGUGUCAUGUCCAAGAAGGAGAUAGAGAGAGGAGAGUAAGGGAGCAGUCAGACAUGACAAAUGAAUAUCCGAAGGUUAUGCUUACAGAAAGCCUGCCUGGAGAGGAGGUCUGCAAAAAGCUGAGUGGAGGCAUUGUUCAGGAAUCCUGUCAUCCGAUUUGCACUCAGGUGCAGCUAAGGUCAGUUGGCAGAUAUGGGCUCUGGAAAGAUCAUGUUUGUCUUUGCAGCAGAAUAUUUCUGUAGUGCUCAUAUCCAUCAACUGCUUCCUCUACCUUUGUCUAAGCUGUUUUUAUUUCUUGUAUUGGUUUGCUCUUUACUUUUAAAAGGAUCAAAUUGACAAACACAGAAUCCUUUAAAUGUAAAAACAAACAAAUGUUUAAUUGGUAGUACAAUGAAACCUCAUAGCAUGUUGGAACCACUUGACCUUUGAAGUUGAAAAGUGUACUGCAUGGUGACUACGCUCUGGACUUGGAAGAGCAGUAAUGUGAAUGCUGAGCCGGGAGCAAGACAGAGUCACAUGAAAGUGGCACUUGAGACUGAAACUGGUUCCCUUUUAAAGGGAACUUGACACUGUGUCAUGGCUCAACACUAUGGUAACACCUCUCUGCUGAGUGGUGUUUGAAGGUCUGUGUGGAAACACGCCAAACCUAUUGGCUUAAGGACGAAGCAAAGCACAGUAGCAAGACCAUAAAAGGGAAUCUACAUCACAUCACUCCCCUCUGAAAUCUCCACUGUCAGUUUUGCUGUUUUUUCCAGCCAGGCAUCUGCAACAUGGGGGUCAGGUCAGAUUAUCGACAGGUAUCAGAAGGUGGCGGCAUUUAAGGAAUUAAUUCCCCACUACACCCAGGAGCCAUGGCCUUCCUCCAGUUGCCUUUGGUCUCAGUCUAGCUCUCUGACACUGGAGAGGAAGGCUAGCAUCGCUAACCGGGCCACCCAGUCCAUUGCUUCAUUGGUACAGUGCUGGAAUUCCUGCAGACUCCCCUUGCUAAGGGUAUAACACCCUCCAUUUUAAAAGGGUAUAUGGCAGCCCUAUGGCAUUCGUGGGGAGGCACCCACUGGUCUUUCGGGGCAGUGCCUUAUCUUAGGCAGUGUCUGGUCUUAGGGCUCACUCUACUAUAAGUAUUGCCUCAUCCAGUGACCUGGCUAGAGGUGUUCCUUCUGUGAUAUCUGCGCUGCGGCAGGCUGGACGUCUCCACACACGUUAUUCAGGUUUUAUAGCUUGGAUUUGUAUGCCACCUCAUGGUUCCACAUCCUACAGGGUUAGCUGAUGUUCUGCUCACGUGGUUCCCUGUGCUGCUCUGCUCUCCCAGCAUGUGCCUGCAUUAGUAUUGAUGCUCCCAUGGCGUCAAGCUAUGACAUAGUGUCGAGUUCCAUCGAAAGGGAACUACACCAGGUUACGUAUGUAACCCAAUUCCAUGAAAAGGAAAUCAGACGCUGUGCCGCAUGCCACACACCAAGCAUCAACGUCUUCAGACAAGUAAAACCUCGAGUGAUGUGAUGUAGAUGCCCUUUGAUGGUUUUGCUGGUAUGCUUCACUUUGUCACAUGACCUCCUUAAGCCAAUAGAUUGACGUGUUUUCACACAGAGCUUCAAACACUAACUGAAAACACAUUAACUAAAAAUAAUGCUGAUUGUAAGCAUGCCGUCCAGUACUGCAGAUGGGGCUUAGAGUAAACUCUGAAAAAACAAAGGAAAACUUGGAACAUAUAAAAAGAAAAUAAAUGAUAUUAACUGACUGCUCUCUGAUACAGGGAACAUGGAGGUUGUGAAAAUAUUGAUGAAUGUUUUUAACAAUGUCAUGACAGACUUUGCAAAUCAGGGCAAUGAUGAGGAAUGUGUGAAUUAAAAUGAGCCCCAAAAUGAGCCAUUUUGAACAAUUCAUGAUGGAUGUUGAAAAAUGGUUGCAAGAAGAUUCACAAAUUGGCUAUACUGAUGCAUCAGCAAUGUUAUUUGGAUGUGAAGUUCAUUCUGAGUGCAGUGUUUUGGUUGUUCUGCCUAACAGUUCAAGAGUCCAAUCAUCCAAUAAAUGAGUCUUUAGCACAGAAAAAGAGCUGUUCUGAGGCAUGUGCAGCAUUAUAGCAGAAAAAAAUCCAUGGAAAUGAAUAUGGUCCAUCUUAAAACAAAGGAACUUAAAAUCAAGGAAAGAAAAACACAUGAUAUUUUUAUAUUUCUGUAAAGCUGCUUUGAGACAGUGACCAUUGUUGAAAGGGCUAUACAAAUAAAAUUGAAUUGAAUUCCUUCAACAACCAAAAUUAAAGGGUAUGACCAGUAUGAGCUGUCUUCCCAGUUGCAUACAGUACAGCCUGUAAUACAAACUGAUGCCAUGAAUGAAUAUUACAAGGAGAGUCAAUGGCUGCCAUGAGCCAAAUGCACACAAAGACUGGAGGCAAAAAGGCUGCUUAAAGAAACUUUUGGGGAUUAUGUGAGUGUCAAAUGCCUACAUAGACAAGGCACUAAAUUGGUCAAAUAUUAAGACCAUUUGUAAUAAAGAACACAGACAAGCCUUAUAUGUACAUGCUCUUUUAUCAAAGGUUUGCUGCAAUGUAAUGCAAUAUCUUAAUAAAAUGCAUGAAUUUGAUACUGUACAAAGAAGUAAUGAUGUCAGUUCCAGAACGUGAAUUGCUGCAUUGCUGCAUCCACCGGAUCCACUAACUUUUUUUAUAAAGUUUUUUUAAAAAGUUUUUAUAAAGACAAAUGUUUUACUAGAAGACGCAUUUUUUCAACUGUAGGAUCAGUAUAUGAUACACUAGGCCUUCUUGCGCCAUGUUUCCUGAAUGGCUAGCACAUCUUGCAACUGCUUUCUUGAAUGAAAUAUGAAAUAUAUCAAGACUGUUCCAGAAAUAUUAUGGAAUCUUCACAAAGGUGGCUUUUGGAUCACCUAUAUAUCAACAAAUGCAUGAACCCAAAGAUGUUUUGCCAAAUCAAAUCUAUUCAACUCUGUAAUUUCUCAGAAACUGUGUCACACUGGUAAUAGCAAAGGCAGGAUUUACACCUUAAAAAAGAGUUCCCAGACAGGUAGUUGUAGCUGCUACACUUGCAUCAUGCAAUGACAGAAGGUUGAAAGAGGAACAGCAAAAGAACCUGGAUUAAUCAGUAUUCUGGGGAGACAGUGUCACUGUACUGAAAUACAUGAAUGGUGGCUGUUUAUUCAAAGCCAGUGUUGCUACCAGACUUUCUGUCAACAGCAUUUUUCUAUUGAGACAUGCAGGGCUUUGGGUGUGUAUGUGCAUGCUUGUAAGGAUAAGUUGCAGAAUAGAAUAAGGUUGUGGUGAUUUUUAAAGGACAGAGAUAUUGGUGGAAACAAAAUUUACCUCAAAAAUACCUUUAACUCUUUUUAAUAUCCUUACUUCAAAAAGUACCACUAAAAGAUUAAGCAGAGAUCCAAAAUUAACACAACAGAUUAACAGUUGAAGCCUAAGUCCAAAAAAAUAAAUAAAUAAUAAAAAAUCAAGUCAAAUGAAAAAGCGCAAGGGCAGAAUUUUUUCAGGUAGCAUCCAAAAUCUAUAUUGUCCAAAAUCCUAAAACAGAGAAGACCCAGCAAUGCUAACAUAAAAUGCAAACCUACACCCUAUGAUGGAGUAUAGGACCAUGAGAGUGGUAGGAACAUUGUGCCUACAAAUAUUUUGAUGUUCCUGAUGAUCUCACAAAACAGAGAUGGCUACUGUAUGACACCACUGCUGGAUCAAAAGUCUGUGCAAAUGUAAAUGGUCACAGGUGUAUCAGUAUUGGUGAUUUCCGAAACAGUUCAUAAAUAAAAGCUACAACAUUUUAUGCAAAAGAAUUUGAUUCAGAAAAUGGCACGACUAUACAAGUAAAAAGAGCUAAACAGUCAGGAACAUCACCUAAUGUUAUAUUGUUCACACAAACUGAUCCACUCAUACCAGUGUAUUGUCUUUUAUGGAAGAAGAGGGGAGAUGACAAGAAGCUUAAAGCAUUUGUUGGCGAGAAGAAAUGAGCUCACAGUUUAGUCUAGUUGCUUCUUGUGGAAGUUAUAUAUAGUUAUAUCACAGAUGGCUUUGGUAUGUGUAAUGAUGUCACACAGCAGAAUAUGAAACCAGUAAAAUAUAAAUUCUACUUACUUUAACCUGUAUGAUAAUACUUAAAUUUAUAUGAAAUUUACUUAAUUUAAUUGAAAGGGAAUAUAUUUAUGCACACUGUAAGUAGCCAGAUUCAUUCCAUGUGUUUUCUCUGACCCAUUUUACUCUGACCAGUAAAGAAUAUCCUGUGAGCUUACAUAAUUUCAGCAUGUGUUCAUUUGGCUUACUCAUGACUUUCACAUAUUUUAUAUAAUAGUAAUCUAAGAAAAAAUAUACACUCACACGAGAAACAUUUUUGCCCUUCCUAAUUUUUCUUUAAAAUAUUAGUUAACCCUAACCCAUUCCACCCAUCAUCCAACCUUCCAUUAAUCUUAAAAUCACCCUUCAGAAGCUAACAAGAUUAUUAUUAUUUAUUAUUAUUAUUAUUAUUAUUAUUAUUAUUAUGUUUACCAUUAUUUGUUUUUUGUC